AUGGACCAACAAGGACUCGAUUCAGGCCCCCACUAUUUCAGCGUGUGGGACUACGUCGUCUUCGGAGCGAUGCUUUUCGUGUCCGCGUCCAUCGGUGUGUACUCUGCUUGCUCCGGCGGGAAGCAAAAGACGGCCGACGAAUUCCUAGUGGGUAAUAGAAAAAUGGGUAUUUUCCCUGUUGCGAUGUCCCUGGCGGUGAGCUAUAUAUCUGCAAUAGCUGUAAUAUCAAUGCCUGGUGAGAUCUACGUAUAUGGGACUAUGUUUUCCUGGAUGAUGGUGACAGGUGCCCUAGGAGAUGUCUUGUUUUGUCGCCUUUUCCUACCCAUUUUCCUUAGAAUAAACGUCAUUAGUAUUUAUGAGUUUUUUGAAAUGCGUUUCAACAAAGCUUUACGACUGAUAACAAACAUAGCUUUUUCAUCUUUUACGCUGUUCUAUUUGGGAUCUGUGGUCUACACACCUGCGAUAGUGUUGAAUGCAGUUACUGGGUUUGAUCUGUGGACAUGUAUUCUGUUGACUGGAGUAGUGUGUAUAUUUUAUACAUCAGUGGGUGGUUUGAAGGCAGUUGUGUGGACAGACACCGUCCAAGGAAUCAUCAUGAUCGUUGGUGUCGUCGCCCUGAUCAUCAAAGGCACCAUGGUGGUCGGCGGUCUCGACAAAGUUUGGCAAAUUGCUGAACAGGGCGAUCGGAUCCAGUUUCUCGAGGGGAACCCAGAUCCGAGGAUCCUAUAUACACUGUGGACUAUGUUAAUAGGAAGUACUAUUAACGGGGCAAGACCAAACCAAGUAGAGGUUCAACGCCUUAUUGCCUGUGGAACCAAGACCAGGGCCAUACAGGCCUUGUUCCUCGCGGUCCUCUUCAAGGGGAUAAUAUUUGCUUUGUGCAUAUUCUCUGGAUUGGUAAUGUACGCCUACUACGUAAACUGUGACCCAUGGAAAUCGAAGGUCGUCUCGUCACGUGACCAGAUAAUGCCUCUCUUUGUGAUGGAGUUGUUUGCCAAGUUACCCGGAAUGCCUGGUGUAUUUUUAUCAUCAGUUGUCAGUGCUUCUCUGAGCACGCUAUCGUCGGGAGUAAAUGCACUGGCAGCUAUCACGGCAGAAGAUGGCGUGAAAGCAAUAUGGCCGAAUAUUAGUGAGGGAAACUACGCCAGAGUCGCCAAGAUAUUAGCUCUUGUGUACGGCAUAUUGGCAAUUGGCUCUUCUUUUUGUAUUAGUUUCAUGCAGUCCGGAAUCUUACAGGUAUGCAGACAUAUUGUCGGGGUGAUCUCUGGCGGGUUUCUUGGUAUCUUUAUCUUAGCUGUAUUCGUGCAUCGUUGUAAUUCAAAGGGGGCUGUUGCUGGGUUCGUAGCCAGUUUCAUUGUCAUGGUUUGGAUCAAGGUAGGAUCAAUCAUAUACCCCUCAUCAAGGGGCCAACUGCCUUUAUCGGUUGAAGGUUGUCCAGUACCCAAUGGCACAUACACGACCUACACCAGCCCAACCACAGAAUGGACUACGGCAACACUCCCAGGCUCAACCCAGGAACCAAUUUCGGAGGAAUUGCCAGCAAUUACCAACUUGUAUCAUAUUUCAUUCCUUUACUAUGGACUCAUCGGAACCAUAGUGUGUAUCAUCACAGCAAUGAUCGUCAGUUAUCUAACAGGUUUCCAAGACCCCGAGUUGAUUGAUAAUCGCCUGAAGAAUCACUUGACAGACGCCCUCUUCUGUUGUUUCCCCGGAAGUCUCAAACGGCGCAUGCGCUGUGGAUUUGACAAGAUCAGCUAUGGAGAGGAUGAUAAAUUACCAGUCGUUCAGGAAGAAAUGACAGAGGUCUACACCAAGAAAGAUGAGUUGGAUCAUAUUGAUGAUCACGACAACGAAUCCAUUAAUCAUAUUAAUGGGCAUGCAAGACCAACCACAAAUACAAUGGAUGCCAUCUAGAAAUGGGAAAACAUAGCCCAAUGAUAUGAGUGUAGCAUUCAUUAAAGAAGUAUCGUUACUAACGACCUCACAGUGAUUUCACACGACCUGCCUUACCCGGCAAUCAUUGGGGAGGGGGGGGGUCCCUCAAUUUUCAAGGCCGGUGACCCCCCCCCAAAAAAAAGGGACUUUUGGGGAGGUAAUUACUCUUAAAAACUUUUUCAUACAGUUUGCCACCGGUCCAAAAAGUAGACGUGAUGGAAAUAGACUCUUAAAAUUCGUCAAAGAUAACAGUGCAAAAAGGAGUGUUUGCCACUUUUGGGCCGUCAAUAGACGCCUUAAAUGAACAAGGGGUUUUGUGAUUUGCAUGUCAUGCUGUUAGUUGAUUUCAACGCGCGCAGAACUAAUUACAUGAAGGACAUGAACGUCACUGUAGCUUGAUGCAUGCAUUAUUCAAGUCAAUUUCAAUUUAUUUCAUUUAAAAUUGAAAACAAUUACAAGGUAAAAGAAUAUAUAUACAAUAAGAAAAGAAUGUGGAGACAGCGUGGAAGAACAUUGAAGUCGUAUAAAAUGCUGCCACAAAUGAUACAAACAAUUAGAACCGAGUAAUAUACAAGAACAAAUGAAAAGAGAGCAUAUUUCAAAUGAGUAACAAGAUGAUACAUAUAAAAUGAAUUAAUCAAAUUAUGUGCGGGAAUGACUGAUUGAAUCCGAUGACCUGGAGACCGUUUCAUGGAAGUUGCUAGCAUUGAAAA